UCGAAAACGAGACGAAGACAACAGGCUAGUAGUUGACAGUGAUAUUUGACUGGUAAAACGGACAAACUUCAGAAAGAAUGUCUAAAAGGAGAUGAUGCAGGUUUCCCAAACUGAUUGAAUUACCGGGCGUAGUUUGGUAGUGAAGUCAAGACCUCAGUCUGUUAUUGCUCAUGACAAAAGCAAGUGACUUGUGUUAAUGAGACACAUUAUCUCCAUCGUCACUUUUGUGAAAACGGCCUAUAAGACAGGCCACAUUAGUUUCAAACACGCCUACUGAAAAUUCAAAAUAUAGCGCAGGCAAGUAGCUCUGUCUUUUCGUCGCACAUCGUGUGUGGUGAUGUAGCUGAUGAAAUUGAAGAGACAAAAGUCAAUGGCAUAGGCUAUUGCUCAGAACAACAAGGUUUCCACGACGUCCUCAGUUUCCACACAAAAAAGCCUGGGGAAAGUAGGAUGGAAUUUGCUGAGCUAAUCAAGACAACUAGGGUUGAUAAUGUUAUUUUAAGAAGGCAAAGUAGCAGCCUUGUCGAGGGGACAUUGUGCCUUACAAGUCAUCAUUUGAUAUUUUCAUCAAGGGUUUCGGAGAAAGAUGAAUUAAUGCUCUUGUACAUGGCAAUCGAAGAUGUUCAGAAGAAGAUUGCAGGGUACAAUGGAACUAUAAAUAUCAUUUGUAAAGACUUCACUUCUUUCAAACUGCGAAUACCAGGUGCUGAGAAUUGUCUCAAUGUUGCUGCUUCCAUUGAAGCACUAUCCACUUUAGAGAAUCAGACCUGGUACUACCCCUUCUUUCAUCGGCUGGAUUUCAUCAUCACUGAAAAUGGUUGGGAUGCAUUCAGUCCUGAAGUAGAGCUGAAAAACUUAAUUGAUGGCAGCGAUAGCUGGAGGAUCUGUUCUCUAAACAAUGAAUUCAAAAUCAGUCUCUCUUACCCAGAACUAAAUAUUGUACCAAAAGCUGUCACAGAUGAUCUGAUUUUGAAGUCAUCAUAUUUCCGUUUUGAAGGAAGAUUUCCAAUUCUUGCAUUUUUGAAUAGGAAAAAUAAGGUGCCUCUUCUGAGAUCUUCACAGCCACAGCCUGGGCAUCAAGGGAAACGUUGCAAAGAAGAUGAAAAGUUUCUGAGUACUAUACUGCAAGGUCAUUCCAAGAAAGGCUUUAUUUUUGAUACCAGGUCAAGGUCUGUUAUUAGUGCACAUAAAAGCAAAGGAGGUGGCAGCGAAUCAGAAUCAAAGUAUCCUCAAUGGAAGAGAGUAAUUCUUGGAAUUGAUCAGUAUAUUUCUCUUCCGGAUAGCAUUGGAAAAUUACAUGCUGCCUGUGCUGACAAAAAGACUGGAGCUUGGCUAUCAAAUUUAGAGAGCAGUGGUUGGUUAACCACGGUUGAGGCUGUUUUGACUGCUGCAGUGAAAAUUGCAGAGCAAAUUGACACCCAUGAUACUCCUGUACUUGUUCAUGAAGAUAAUGGAAUGGACAUCACUCUUGUGCUGACAUCAUUAGUACAAAUACUUCUCAAUCCUGAAAGUAGGACAAUCAGGGGUCUUCAAAGUCUUAUUGUCCGUGAAUGGCUUUGGGCUGGACAUCCUUUUGCAAGUCGAAACAUGAAAUUGGGUGUGAGCCUUGCAAGGUAUAAAGGCCAAGGAAGUGUGUUCCUGUUAUUUCUAGAUACACUUCAUCAGAUCAUCAGCCAGUAUCCAUCAUCUUUCGAAUAUGGCGAGGAUCUUCUUUGCUUUCUAAGUUUCCAUUCAUAUGCAUCACCAUAUGGGACCUUUUUAUUCAAUAAUGAAUCUGAAAGAAAGAGAGAGAAAGUAUCUUCUAAGACUAUUUCAGUGUGGUCCUAUCUCAACCAGCCCAAAAUUCUACAGAGUUUUGUAAAUCCUCUAUAUGAAUAUAAUGAUGGACCGUUAUGGCCAUCAGUAGCCCCUCCAAGUUUGAAUAUCUGGUCUUUGAUGUUCCUUAAAUGGGCAGUAAGUUCCACUCCACGGAAAAAAGUUCAAGAUCAAGCUGUGAAAAUGAAAGAGCAGAAUACAAAAUUGAAGGAACAAGCUUAUCAGCUUCAAAGGGAGUACCUUGAGCUACAAAAAGAAAUAGUUGCAAUCUUUGGUGGUGAAAAUGAUGAAAAACAUCUUUCAGAGUAAUAAUUUCAAAUGACCAGUGGGCUUAAUUUUUUUACAAUUGUAAUGUCAGACGUCAGAAUGACAAAAUAAUUCAGAGUAAUAAUUUCAGAUGACCAUUGGGUAUAAUUUUUACAAUUGUAAUGUCUAAUGUCUGAAUUGCAAAGUAUUUCGGAGCAAUUUUGCAAAUCUUAUCAGUUGCUUUAUUUUAAUGCCUUUAUUAAAAUUUGUAAUUAUUGCAGCACAAUCAAUAAUAGUUUUGUUUGUAAGCAAUUUCUGUAAUUGUUUAAUAGUGAAUUUCUGGUAUUGUGGUUCUCUGCAAUACUAAUAUUUCAUGACAAUAAACUGUUCCUUAAAGAUUCAUACAUACCAUUAAUUUAAGCAUACAAUUUGACUUAAAAGGCCAGGUAUUAAGACAAGAUGGCAAAGGCAAAGUGAAAAGAUCGUGUUUAUAAAGCUCUCUCAAACAUUCUUAAUGAUGAUAUCUAUUAAUUUUGUUUCAAUUAAAAAAUAAAAACAAUAAAAUAACUCAUUCAAUCAAAUUUUGCAAAACAUAAUCAUGAGUGAUGCUGUAAAAGACAGGUAACUGCGCAUGAAAGAAUUAACUUGUAGAUUGAUUCUAGUAACCAUGUUUUUCUAAUCCAUAGCUUUGUUUGCAUUUCUCCAUUUUUUUGUUUAAACAUCAAUAAUUGUCUGUAGGUUUUGCAGCAAUGUUUAGAUGCACAGCCAUUUAUGUUUAGCUUUACACAAAAUUAUAUCUGGGCAAUCUCCUGUUGAGCAAAUCCCCUGUCAGGUUCCAUCUAUCAGGUUUGCAAAAUGCAAGAUAUAUUUCUACAAAUAAACAAACAUCUCACUUUGGAGAGAAAAAUAGACAUUUUUACAUCUAGCUUAAAAGUUUUCUCCAUAACCCAACCAGCGCUCCAUUAAAAAUUAAGCAUGGUACUGUUAAGCAUCUUAGAAUUUUGUAUUUUCAUUGGUUUCAAAUUUAUUGCAAGGUUGUGUUUACAAAUAAUCCAUCUUGAAUUUUGAAUUGUUUAAUAAAGCUGUAUUCUGGUAAACUAAAUAUGCUGGCCUUUAGACCAAAUUGUAAUGACAUCAAACAUACUUUCAAAUCUGUUGACAGAGAUUAUUUCUUGCUGUUUACUAAUUCACUGCACAUAAUGUUUUAUAGAAUAAUCAUAGUAUCUUUAUGUUUUAUGAAUUACAAUUUUUAUUAAUUUAAUCACAGAAUUACAAAUUUCCUUGAUCUUAGGUGA